GUGGAGGAAAGUAGUGUGGCCGAGGCGAGCUAUUUAAAUUCGAGGACCGGUCGAUCGGAUUCACGUUCGAAAGAAGGAAACCCAUCGAUUUUUCACUACGUUCGAAACUUCGUUGUGACACCGUGCAAUUUUUUGGCAAUUCUGAGCUUUCAUUUUUGAGAAGAAAAAGGACCGAAGGAAGGUAAGCUCGAUAGGUCGACUUUUUGCUUCAGGAAAAAUGAGCGAAAUAAUACCCAUUGUAAUAGUAGCGUUGCUGCACUUCGUGUGCUUCAUUCUCCGUCCUAUAUUCAUGCUGAUUUAUCACAGAAAACUACCCGGUAUACCGCCAAUUAACAAUCAUCUGUUAAAACUAAGCGCGACCACGUUGGCCAAGAAGAUCAGAAACGGAGAACUUUCUAGCCAAACAGUAGUGGAAACAUAUAUCCAGCGUGUUAAGGAAGUGAAUCCUUUACUAAACGCAGUGAUAGAGGACCGAUUCGAGCAGGCCGUACUUGACGCGAAAACAUGUGACGCAAGACUGAAGUGCGGAGAAGUCGUCGCUGCAACGUUGGAAGCGGAGAAACCACUUUAUGGAGUGCCGGUCACUAUCAAAGAAAGCUGCUCCCUUAAAGGAUUGAGUCUCACUGGAGGUUUACUGUCAAGGAAAGGAAUGAAGGCUACAGAAGAUGGAUCAGCAGUGGAACUGCUUAAGGAUGCUGGAGCAAUUCCUCUGCUAGUAAGCAACACUUCAGAACUGUGCACAUCUGUGCACAGUUACAAUCGCCUAUUUGGUACCACAAAGAAUCCACAUGACAGGAGAAGAACUCCAGGAGGAUCAUCAGGAGGCGAGGCUGCGUUAAUUAGUGCUGGAGCAUCUGUACUUGGUAUAGGUUCCGAUUUGGUCGGUUCCAUAAGAAUACCAGCUUCCUUCACUGGCAUUUUUGGUCAUAAACCUACUCCAGGUCUUGUCCCUAUUGAUGGGCAUUUCCCCAUAGCCGGUGAUGUUAAGGUAAAUCCAGUUUUGGUACUCGGGCCGUUAGCAAGAUGCGUAGAGGAUCUUUGCUUAGCCAUGAAAAUAUUGAGUUCUAAAUCUGAGAAAACUUUGCAUCCAAUUGAACCAAUUGACUUAAAACAUACGAAAGUCUUUUAUUUGGAUAAUAUUGGUUGCAGUUGUGGUAUAAGAUCGACUACAUCGGAUAUUAGACAAGCGGUUCAUAAAGCCAAGAGUUAUCUCGCAGAGAAGGGUGCUCAUAUAGAAAAAUUGCCACAGAAAUGGGUACGGGACAUGUUCCCCGUGGUAAUAGCUGUAGCCAGCGAAUUGCAGGUGCCUAAUUUACUAAAUAUUGAUAAUCCAGAGGUAAAGAAAAACGCCUUUCUUGAAUUCAUAAAGGCAACCAUUGGUUUAUCACAGUACACACCGAUGCUUGCUUUCCUGCAAUUGUUCAUAGACACAGGCGGAUUUGUGUCACAUUCGAGGCUGCAACAUUUUCGACAGCUCAAGGAGAAAAUCCGUGAAGAAGUGAAUAAUGAGCUGAGAGGUAACGCAGUGAUAAUAAGCCCCACCUUUCCUCGUGUAGCAGACUAUCCACAGCUCAUGUUCUUCCAAAUCGAUUCCAACAUUUAUAGCGCAUUUGCCAAUAUAAUGCAAUUGCCAUCGACGAGUGUACCAAUAGGUUUCACUAAAACUGGAUUACCGGUUGGAAUUCAGGUGACAUCUGCACACGGUCAGGAUCAUGUUUGUUUAGCAGUUGCAAAAGAACUGGAAAAAGCCUUUGGUGGGUGGAUACCUCCGAUCUAGAGUCUCAUUCUAUCGAUAUGACUUUUUUACUAUUCAAUACGAAGCAAAUAUUACUGUCGAAAGCUGUAAAUAACGUUGCCUUAACCGUGAAAAAGAGAAAUGGAGCGAAUGUUAUUUAUUUAUAAACAUACUUGAUCGAUACAUACUGUUUAUUUCGUUGAGGUUUGAUUCUUAUGUCCACGAGAAAAAAAGGCGCACCUACACUCGUGUUUAAAUGUGCAAUAAUAUACUUUAUAAAUAGUAAAAUCAUCUAAACGCAUAACCGGAGAUAGUUUCUUCAACAAAGCUGUAUAUUAAUCGAAGGAACCAUGACGCAUUUUCUGUUGCAAGAUAUAAAGGAGAGUUUACAUGCUAAAAAUCCAUGAUCUUUCAACCU